AUGAGCAAAUAAAUAGAAUUAAAAUAAACAAUUGACUUAAAUAAACAAAUAACAACAAAAUAUUAAAAAAAUGCAUCUUAAACUGAUUAAAAUAAAUAAAAAAAUGAAAAAUAAUUGUCCAUAUUAAAUUUUACAGUAGCAUUAGAUUUAUUAAUGCUUAAAAAAUCCUCUAUUGAAUAAGCAUAUUUAAUGAUUUUAGUAUGCUUUUUCGUAUUGAAUAUAUCAAGUUUGCAUAAAUAUAAUGAUUUUCUAAUAUCUUAAUAUAAUUUAAAAUAAACUAAUUUAAAUGAAUUAAUUAAUAUAGUGAAAUACUUAGAUAUUUUAUAUUUAUUAUCAAUGUCUUCUACAUCAUAUCUAAUUGUAUUAAUAUUUUCCGUUUUUUAUUUUUUAAUGCUAUUUUUAUUAUUUCUAAUAUGCUUUUUAAAAAAAUAUAUUAAUACUUAAAUAAAACCCAGAAAAUAUUUUUUUGGGAGAUGGUUUGUUAUUUUAGGAUAGUUAUUUAAUUGGAUUCUUUUUAUGCCUUUAAUAAUCACUUAAAUGUCUUAUCUAUUUUGUUUAGAGGAUAUCUUUUCUCAAAUAAAAAUAAUCUGUAGUAGUUCUUCAGUCUAUUUUUAUAUUUCUAUAAUAGGACUUUUUUUUGGAAUUUUAGAUAUGUGGUAUUUAGGAAUUUUUUUUUUUAAUUCAGGAAAUUAAAGUAAAAAAGAUGCUUUAGCUUGCGAUUAUUCAAUCAAUUUGUUAAAAUUUGAUUUUUGUCGAUUUAUUAUCAGUAUUUUUGUGUGUUUUAAAUUUUAAAGUUAUUCAUAUUCUAUCUUUUAUAUUUUUUUGAAUAAUUUAAUAUCAGGAUAUUUAGUUUAUCUAUUCUUGUUUGCAGACGGAUUGUUUACUUUCAAAAAUAAAUAAAUAAAAGAUUUUUUUUAAAUACAAAUUAUUAUUUAUUUUGCUAAUUAAAUUAGUUAAUUAUUUGAUCAAACAACAAGGUAAAUAAUUAAAAAACUUUUUUAUUUUAUAUAUUAAUGUAUAAAAAGGGCUUUAAAAAUUUACAACCUUGAUUCAGAAAAAAUUUUAUAUUAUCUAAUUUUUAAUAUAUUCAUUUUAGUAAUAUUAUUUAAAAAACUAUAAAAAUACUAGAUAAUAAAGCACCUUAAAGAAAUAUAAAUAUAUCCAAAUACAUUUAACGAUAUUCGAAAGAAAAUAUAUCUCUUCUCAUAAUUCAUGAAUAAUUAAUAGGAAGCUAUUUAUUCAGAUGCAUAUUUCAAAGGAAUGAUAUUUAGUCAUUUAAAUUCUGAUUGUAAUUUUAAUUAAUAGUAAUAUUAAUGUUAUUGUAAAUGCAAAAAUAUAUAUGAUUCAAAAAAGAAUAAAUUAGUUAAUUGUGAUAAAUAUUUAUAAAAUAUAAAUAGAAAUGUUUUAUGCAAAUUUUUUAUUAAAAAUUGGAUUGAAUCCUAUAUUAAUAAAAAUUAUAAGGAUUAUUAGGUUUAUAUUGAUUAUGCUGAAUUUUAAUACUUUAAAUUUAAUAAUUAUAAUCUUGCUCUUUAAUAUCUUACUAUUUCUGAAAAUAGUUUUCUUUAUUUAAUUGAUUAAUUUAGAAUUUUUAGAUUAAGACAUUUUAUUCUAAAAUAAAAUAAAAAAAGAAAUAAAAAAGCUUAUAAAAGUAAAUUAGAAAUUGAAAAAGUUAUUCCUAUUGAAAUAAAAAUAGAUGAAAUAAAAGAAAGAAUUAAAUAUAUAAUAAGCUUAAAUAUAACUUUCUGGUAAACACUUUAAAAAAGUAAAAUAAAUUUACAAGAAUGUAAUAAAAUUGCAUUAAGUGUACAAAUCUAAAUUAAAGAGUUAAAAAAAUUAUGGAUAAAUAUAAAUAAUUAUCUAGAUUAUAGAAAAAAAUGGAAAUUUUAUUUCGCGUGGUACAUUCUUUAUAUUUUAAAUAAAAAAGUCAAAAUUUCUUUAAUUGAAAAAUUCUCAGGAAUAAAUAAUGUUAAUGAAACUGAUAUUUUUUCCGAAGAAAUUUAAAAUUAUUAAGUAGAAGAUGAAAUAGAUUAAGCAGAAAAUACAGAAUAAAUAAAUAUUAAAAAAAUAGCUAUGACUUUUGAUAAAAAAUCAUGUGUAUUUAUAGUUAAUAGCGAUAGCAAAGGAAAAAUAUUGCAAAUUAAUAAAUCAGUUACCUAAAUUUUUGGUUAUAAUAAGUUUGAAAUCGAAAACUAAUAUAAUAUUACUAGUUUGAUGCCUUUUACUUAUAGUUCUGUUCAUCCAAAAUUAAUCAAUCAAUUUUAUUAAACAGGAAAAUCAAAAGCUAUGUAUUCAUAAAGAAGAAUUUUUUGUUAAAAUAAAUAAGGAUAAUUAUUUGCUGCUUGGAAAUUUAUAAAAUAAUAUGUAACUUUAUAAGGGCAAUCUUAAUUUAUAGCACUGAUUCGUCCCAUAACAUUUUUUAAUGGAAGAAUUAUUAAUUUUAUAAUAUUUAAUGAAGAUUGGGAGAUAGAGAGUAUGUCAAAGGAACUUUUCGAUUUAUUUGGUGAUUCUGAAAACAAAAUACUAAAAGUUAAUAAUAAUUAGAAUUAAGAAGGAAUCAUUUUAAAUUUAUUUUUGGUAAUUCCUAAACUUUUAUAGUUUUCUAGAUUUUAUGAAUUCCUUACGGAAGAUGAUUUAGUCACUUUUGGAUUAAAAAAAAAAGAAUAAUUUACUGGUAUUGCAAAUAUUAUAUAAAGACCAAAAAAAAUUUCUUUAAAAAAUAAUGAUUUAAAAAUUAAUAGUAAUAAUAUUUUUUUUGAUAAGAUUAAAGCUAUUGCAAAGAAAAAAAGCAAUUAAAUUUAAAUGAAAAAAUAAUAAUAACUAUCUUUAUUAACUAAUAUAAAUAAUAAUGAAGAAUAAUAAAAUUUAAGCAAUUAAAACAUAAUAUAAAAACAUUUAAACUAAAGUAAUUCUUUUGCUAUAAAUAAUAAUAUUAACUAUAUGGAUGAAUCUAAUGCCAAUUUAAUUUAGGAAAGUAAAGAAGAGACAUUUAAUACUCCUUAGAUUAGUUUAAAUUAGCAAUCUUAAAGAUUGUAUAAAAAUUAGUUUUCAUUGACAAAUGAAUAAAAUAAUGAAAAUAAUUCUAAAUUGGACUAAUCUUAUUAAAUUUCAGAAGAUACUGAUUUUGAAUAAGAUGAUUUAUAAUUUAAUGGAUAAAUUGAUUUAAGGUUAGAAAAGUAAGAAUGUUUGAGAUUUAUAGCUAAAAUACCUGUAGAUGGAAUCAGUUUUAUGCAAAGUUAUUAUCGAAUGAUUUAAAAUAGAAUAAUGAAUGAUAAAAAAAGAAAUUAAUUUGAUUCUGGUAAUUGCCUUGAAACCAAUUUAAGUAGACCUUAAACUUUUAAUAAGAAACAAACUAUAAAAAAAGAUGAAAAUCAAACUUAAAAUGAAUUAAAUUCAAGCAAGAUAACUCAAUAUAUGGAAAAUAAUUAAUAAACAGAUGUAUUUUCAAAUAAUUAAAGAGAUAAAAUUUUAUAUUCGAUAAUAAAAGACAUUUAUUUAUUACACAUAAAAAGAACCAAACAAAAAAGUAUUAAAAUUACUUGUGUUACUGAAUUUAAAAAAAUUGGAAACGCACGAAUUGGGAUAAUGAAAAUUUCUAAUUUGGAAUAGAUUAAAACUGGUUUAUAUUUGAAUAAUUUAAAACAAGAUAAGUCUCCUUCUCCUGAAUUUUAAAAGCCAAAAAUUAAAAUAAGUUUCUUAGAAAAUUUAAAUAAUAGUUUUGUCCUUAAUUUCACAAAUAAACUUGAUAAUAGAUAAAGCUUAAAUAACGAAACUUUAAAAAUUAGUAAAUCGAAUGGGCUAGGAUAUUAAUUAAAUUCUGAUAAUUAAAAAAAUAUUUAAAAAGAUUCUUAAAUAUUUUAAAAUGAUUUUAACAAUAAGAAAGGAGUUAGAAAUUAUUCAUUUAAUGCUUAAGAAAAUAUUUAUGUCAAGGAAGAUAAUAAUAAACCUAAAAAAUAAAUUAAUACAAUUACUAGUAUUAAAUUAUUUAUUAGAUUGUUCUUUAUAGCUUUCAUAUUUUUUAAUCUUUUUAUAUUCUUUUUAAUACCAUUUGAAAAUUAUACUAUUUUUUAAGAUUAAGCUUCUAGAUGUAUUUAAUUAAAAUAAUUAAAUGUUUAAAUUCUUGAAGGAUAUGACUAUAUUUUAGAUUAAAUUAUGAUAAAUAGUAAUAUUUAUAAUAAUUAAAAUAUUUAAGGUAGUAUAUUUUAAAACACAAAUUAAUUUUAAGAAAAUAACUUCUAAAAUUUUAUUGAUUUAGAAUCAUAUUAUUCUGAACUAAAUCUAAAUUUAGAUAUCAAAAAGUCAAUUUUUGACCCGAAUAUAAUAGAAUAUAAUUCAAUAAGCAAAUAUAUUUUAAAAACGAAAAGAAUUAUUUAAUUUGAUUAAAAGUAAUUUAAAUUGGAUAAUUUUGAUAUUUUUGAAUAAAACAUAUAUUAUAUUUAAAUGCUCUCAAAAAAAGCAAAAGAAAAAAAAUUAAACGAAUUAAACGAAAAUAGUAAUGAAUUAAUAUUUUCAAGGUUUUUUAUAUUAAAAAAAAUCACAUAUAUUAAUUAAAAUAAAUAAAAAAGAAAUUACAUUGUAUAAAAGUUAAUUAAUAACUUAGAUAUAGCUGAAGAUAAUAUAAUAAACUUUUUUAUAGAAAAUGUAGAUAAUGUAUAAUAUAUACUUUAUUUGUUUUUAAUAAUAGAAAGUAUUACUAUUCUUUUAUCAUUUUUAGUAUUAGUAAAAUUAAUUUUUAUUGUAUGCAAUAGUUUCUAAUCUAUACUUGAAAGCUUUAUUUAUAUAAAGUAGAAAGAUAUAAAAAUAAUUUUAGACUAUAAUUAUUACAUAUAAGAACAAUUCAACUACGUAACUUAAAAAGACGAAUACUUUUCAGUAGAAAGUAAUAGGAAAGUUAUGGAUGAGGCUCAAGAUUAUUAAUAAAAUAAUAAUAUUUAUAAUUAAAUAAAGAAUAAAUAAUUUAAUUUUAAUUUAUUAGAAUCAGAAGAUACAAACAAUAAUUUUAUUAAAAGGCAAAAGAAUAUUAAUAAUGGAAAAUUAUUAAGAAAAUUAAAGAUAAGAUCGCUUAUUUAUUUUCUAGUUUUUAGCAUUAUAACUAUUGGAUCAAGUUUUUCUUUUUUAUUAGACAUUAAAACUUCUAUGGACAGUCUAGAAAUAAAGAUUCGAAAUUUUUAAUUUUUCAAAACAACAAUUUCUUAUAAUACUAUAGUAUUGAUAAUAUUAAAAGAAAUGAAGAUAAAUUUAAAUAACUAUAAACAAAAUAUUCAAAGUAAUUUUCAAAAUUUUAUAAAUAUUUACUAAAAUUAAAAAUGGGAUUAAAAUUUAUUAAUAACGAAUGAAGGUAAUUUUAAUUAUAACUUUUAGAAAAUUUAUUUCAAUAAUCCUUGUAUUUAAUACUCAAAUUUAUGGAAAGAAUAAAAUUAAAGUUAGGAGUGCAAUUCCGUUGUUUAAAAUGCAAUGUAAAAUGGUUUAAGUAAUUUUAAUUUAAGAUUAAGUAUUAAAAUUUCUGAUGAUAUUAAAGAUCCAAAUAUUAAAAGUAAUUAAAAUUUAAAUGUUCAAGAUUUAAUAGAUUAUUCUAGAGGUAAUUAUUACAAAAAGAAAUUAUAAUAAUUUUUGUUGGAAACAUGGAAUAAAGAUAUUUAAGAGUUCUUAAGUUUAUAAAAAAUGAAUGAUUAAAUUUUAAUUUCUAUAAUGAUUGUAUCACUUAUUGGAUUAUAUAUUAUUAUUGCUGAAUAUAUAUUGAUUAAAUAAUUUAUUAAUGAAUAUUAAUAAUAUAAAUAUAUAUAUAAAAUGUAUAUGCCAGAUGCUAUUAUCACCAAAGAAAAAAGAAUUAAAUAUUGGUUGAUAAAGCAUGGCAUUUUAAAGCAAUAACUUAAUUUCUUUUUUUUAUGA